AUGCAUAUUGGCUCGGCUUGGCUUGGCUUGGAAUCGGAUGUUAAGCAAGCAGAUUCAGCCAGCCAAUCAGAAAGUUUCGAAGGCGAAGGUCAAUUUAGUACUGUUUUUCAGGUUCAUUUAUCCAGGUUGAAGCUUCCAGAGGAGUUCAUCGUGGACGAUCAGAAUGGUUGUGAUGUCACGCUACGUUCGUUCAUUCGGUGGCAAAGAAUGCAAGCCCUGCUAGGGUUGAAGCUUCCAAAGGAAUUCAUCGUGGAAGAUGUCAGGCUACGAGGACUGGCACCAGUUUUGGAGGACAACGUAGGAACCGGACCGCACUCAACAUUCUGCCUUUGUCGAAUGGACAACGAGGUGGGCUGUGGUGGGCAUCAGCACGUUUCAGAUGGAGGUCUCAUGAUGAUCGUUCCGAUGACAAUUCGAAGAUAG